UCCAACCUCUCUCUCUCCUCUCUCGCUCUUGUAUAUAUAAACACGUCUCCCUCUCUACCUUCUCUCAAUUUCCACUCAUACUUCUCUCUCUUUCUCUCUCUCCUCUAUCUUUCUACCCUUAUCUCUGAAGUAGAACUUUAAAGAAAGGAAAGAAAAAUGUGUAUCAACGCCUCCGAAUGGUAUCUAUCUUCCCCUUCAUGUUCUCCAGCCCGCCGAUACCGACCCAAAAAAUCAAAGGUUCGAGUCCGCAGGUUAUCCAGGAGGAACAGAAGGUUGAAGAAAGAAGUAGUAGUUGUGGGGACAGAGAUGGAAUUAAAGAACUUGAGGCUGUACUUGGAGAACCGAAGUAUCAUAGAGGAGAACGAGAAACUGAGACAGAAAGCGCUCCUACUCCACCAAGAGAACCGAGCGUUGAUGUGUGAGCUUCAGAAGAAAUUCUCUCAUCUGGAUAACCUUGCAACCCAUCUUCAUCACAACUACAAAUUACAGCACCAGCUCUGAAGCAUCAUAGUGAAGAAGACCAAGAUGAAAAACAACCCUUUUCUUUUGCUUCACCUGUUUCUCUACUUGUUAGAAAUUAGAAUUCCCUCUCCCUUUCAUCUCUCCUUUGCUGCUGUUUUUUCCUUCUAGCUCUUUUUUUCUCGGUUCCUGGAUAUAUUUAUGGUGGAAAAGAAUAAGGAGGGAUGAACCUUUUAUCCGUUCACUUGUUAAUUUUAUUUAUGUCUAUUUUCUUUAGAUGAAAUUUCCGGGCUUCGGAAUACACUUCAUUCUUUUUUUUUCUGGAAUA